AUGAUGGAGUUUGGAACCUCGCGUGACAGCCCCCAGCCUUUCCAACUCUCACGCAGUCCACUCCAGCCCGAAUUUCCUGAUUCGAACCCCGGCCCCGGACAGUCCCGCAAUGCCUUUGACCCGCCACGGAAUGCUCUGCAAUCGAUCUCUGCCGACUUGAUGAGCAACAUGAUGCCGGAUAGCUUUGCAAAUAUGAGAGUGAACAACCCCCUUGUUUCGGAGCAUCACGGUUUGGGCUUGAUAGAACAAUCCCGUAUAACACCCUUUUCACGGAACCACAUAGCUCCUCCUGAUUGUGACUUUGGCCUUAGAGCGGGAGCCAACGGUUUACCCCUAAUGGAGAUGGAUCCUGAGAGUGGUCUGGUAGGAGGCGCGGAAGCGGUCAAUUCGCAAACACAACGAUUCACAGAACCUACGUCGAUUGACACCGUCGCUUCGUCCCAAUCCUCUACCUCUAAAGGUGACCAGAUUCUCGCGAUUCGUGGAAACGCGUUUGUCGAUCGUAACUCUGGCAACUCCGUCGCAUCACGACGACCCUCUCAUUCGAGAACCCCCUAUCUGAACUCACAAGUAGAGCCGAACUACCAAAAUUUACCACAAGAAACUGCUGUACCUACGAAUACGGCCGACCCACACCCGCUGGGAACGAAAGAAAAAGCCCCAUACUCGAAGAGCGGUUUCGAUAUGCUCCGUGCCCUGUGGUAUGUGGCUACACGGAAGAACCCAGAAAUUCACAUCGGCGCUGUUGAUAUGUCUUGCGCAUUUAUCGUGUGCGACGUUACGAUGAACGACUGCCCUAUUGUAUAUGUAUCGGAUAGCUUCCAGAAUCUAACUGGCUACAGCCGCCAUGAGAUCAUGGGCCAAAACUGCCGGUUUCUUCAGGCACCGGACGGGAAGGUCGAGGCAGGGGUUAAACGAGAGUUUGUCGAUGACGCGACUGUUUACACCUUGAAGCAGAAAAUCUCAGCCCGUCGAGAGGUGCAGCAAAGCCUCAUUAACUACCGUAAAGGAGGAAAACCCUUCUUAAAUCUCCUCACGAUGAUACCAAUCCCGUGGGACUCUGAAGAGAUUCGGUACUUCGUUGGGUUCCAAAUUGAUCUUGUGGAGUACCCCGAGGCCAUUUCAUCAACGCCAGGGAGGGGUGGAGUCCAGGUUGACUAUAAGCACAGCGAUAUUGGCCAGUACAUAUGGGAGCCACCUCAGUCGAAUCACUGGGUAUCCGACCACGGUCAGACGCUUGGAACAGACGACGUUUCCACCCUCCUGCAACAAUAUAUUUCCAAGGGCGGCUUAUCAUCCGACUGGCAUAGGCAGUCAUGGCACAAGAUGCUCCUUGAGAAUGUCGAUGAUGUCAUCCAUGUUAUUUCCCUGAAAGGAGUGUUUCAAUACGUCUCCCCGUCUUCUAAGCGCGUGCUGGAAUAUGACGGUACUGAGCUAAUUGGGUCGUCCUUGUCGUCCGUUUGCCAUCCCUCGGACAUUGUUCCUGUCACACGAGAACUCAAAGACGCAACUGCAGACACGCCUGUCAAUCUUGUCUUUCGGAUCCGGCGGAAACGGAGUGGGUACAUGUGGUUUGAAAGCCAUGGCUCCCUUUUCUCGGAGCAAGGCAAGGGACGCAAGUGUAUCAUACUCGUGGGGCGAAGACGUCCAGUCUACUCUCUCAGUCGAUCUACUGUUCACCGCUAUGCCAAUGGCGUCGGCGAUAAUGAAAUUUGGGCGAAGAUAUCAACAUCGGGGAUGUUCCUCUUCGUUUCUUCCAACACUCGGGCGCUUCUUGACAUCCAGCCCGCGGCCUUGGUCGGAACGAGCAUGCACGACCUCAUGCGUAAGGAGUCGCGACCCGAGUUUGGCCGCACUAUUGAGAAGGCCCGUAGAGGCAAGAUUGUUUCUUGCAAACAUGAGGUUCACAAUCGCAGGGGCCAAGUUUUGCGAGCACAGACCUUUCUAUAUCCCGAAAAUACGGGAGAGGGUAAACCGUCCUUCUUGCUGGCGCAGACGAAGCUCAUUAAAGCCUCAUCACGAUCGUCCGCCUCCGCUGGGGACUUGGAACGCGCCGCUUCGCAUGAACUGAGUUCCCCAUCAAGGCCCGGGGUUCAGUGCUCGACCGAGCCUACUGGGCUCAAUGAUUCUCGGCCACUCCCUAGUUGCAUACCGGCGGUAGACGAAAUCAUGUUUUCCGAGCUUGGGACGACUAAAUGUUCCAGUUGGCAAUUUGAACUUCGUCAAUUAGAAAAGGUCAACCGCAUUCUCGCAGAGGAGCUGAGUAUGCUAUUGACCAAUAAGAAAAAGCGCAAGCGCAGGAAGGGAGUUGGGAAUGUUGCACGGGAUUGCGCCAACUGCCACACACGGAAUACCCCCGAGUGGCGGCGUGGCCCAAGUGGACAGCGAGAUCUUUGCAAUAGCUGUGGCCUCCGCUGGGCCAAACAGAUGGGCCGAGUUUCUCCGCGAAAUUCGUCCAGGGCCGGAAGUGCAGGGAAUGCGGAUUCUCAAAGCAGGCUUUCCAACUCGAGUGUCCGCUCGUCACCCUUGCUGCAAGAGGUCACUAGUGAUACUGCAGCGGACUUUGAUAAUGACUCGAGCGAGAGAGUAAGUAGGGGGUCCAGAAGCCCCGGCCAAAGCCCCGGACCGACAGGUGGGCUCUCGUUGGCACAACAAGUUCAACCACUGCCUCCUCCGAGCCAGCCACUGUUGGAGGGUGGAAGUGGAGUGGAGUUUGAGAUGACUUCAAUCCGUGAAGAGUAA